AGAAACGAAACGAAGAAAACAGAUGAUACUCGGAUGUUAUUGCAUGUUGGGUGGUUCACCGUGACUGAAAGAAAAGGAGACAUACAAGCCAUGGCCAUGGCCUGUUCAUCAUCAUCGUCUACUUGUUCAAUUUUCAGUCCAGAUAUGCGAAUUCUUAAUGUGCCAUUAUUAUCAAAACCUACAAAAAAAUUCAAUCACAUUCAUCAUCAUCAUCAUCAUCAUCAUCACGAUGAGCGUACAGUGGGCGGUGUUGGACGCCCAUUGCUUCUGUAUCGGCGCUUCCAAAAGAAUCCAUCAUCAUCAUCAUCACCAACUUCCUUGUCAGUAAAAUGCUUCUCACAUCGUCAAUCUACCCAACAAGAAGAAAAAGAUGAAGAAUUCCAAUUAGAAAGGCUCUUCUCUAACCUCAAUCAAGCCACUCUCAAGAGGGAGCCUGGAAGCCUUUCCAGUGCAAUUCUUCUCGUCUCUGGCACCACUGUUGGUGCAGGGAUCCUUGCAAUUCCUGCAGUGACACAAGAAUCUGGAUUUCUAGCCUCUGCGGUCACCUGCAUUGUUUGUUGGGUAUUUAUGGUUGUUACAGGGCUGCUUAUUGCUGAAGUAAAUGUGAAGACAAUGUGUGAACUGGGUUCUGGUGGUGUGUCAUUGGUAUCAAUGGCCAUGAGAACUCUUGGGACAGCCGGAGUUCAAAUUGCAUGCUGGUCGUAUAUCUUCAUACAUUACGCCCUUCUUGUUGCUUAUGUGGAUCGUUCCUCAGAUAUUUUGACAAAUUUCCUUGGCAUUCCGCUAUGGGAAAGUGCGACAUUGUUUUCAUUGCUUUUUGGAGGCAUUUGCUUCUUCGGAAGCCAGCGGUUUAUUGGAGCAAUAAAUGGUGUUCUCGUAUUUGGAAUCAUCACUUCUUUCACAGCUCUAGUGGUAGUUGCAAGUAGUGACUUGCAUUGGGAUGCUCUUCUGAAAGCCAACUUUGGAGCUGUUCCUGCGAGUAUACCCAUAAUAGCACUUUCUUUUGUUUAUCAAAACGUAGUGCCUGUCAUUUGUACGAAUCUUGAAGGAAAUCUGUCAAAAGUGAGGACUGCAAUUGUCCUAGGCACUGCUAUCCCCCUUGCUCUGUUUGUUGUCUGGAAUGCUGUUAUUCUCGGAUCAAUCACAAGUUUUGAAAUAGGCUCUGAUAAGAUUAUUGACCCCUUACAACAAUUGCAAUCUGCCAACCGAGUUGUUGGGCCAAUAGUUGAUGUGUUCUCACUUCUUGCAAUUGCGACUUCCUAUAUUGGGUUUGUUUUGGGCCUUGCCGACUUCCUUGCUGACUUGCUGAAACUCCCAUCUGGCCAAAACAAGCCUCUGCCGUAUCUACUCACUUUGAUUCCGCCACUCAUAUUGUCGUUGCUUGACCCAGAUAUAUUCUUCAAAGCAUUGGAUUUUGCCGGAACAUAUGGAGUGCUAGUACUGUUUGGAAUUCUUCCUGCUGCAAUGGCUUGGUCAGAUAGGUACUCAAAUUCAUCUGAGUCGUCAUCGAAACUACCCUUGUUGGUUCCUGGAGGAAAACUCACCCUUUCGCUCGUGAUUGGAGGUGCAGGAUUUGUCAUAUUCUCAGAAUUGAUUGAGAACUUUGCUCGUGCACAUUAAUCAGAAACGCAAGAUAUUCUUUUCUUCUUCUUUUUUUAAACAUUAUUGUUCUUUUAAUUUUCCUAUUUUAAGCUAAAUUAGCGGUUGAAUGGAACCUUUGUCACCUCUCCCAGCUUGCAAACUUUUCCUCGUCACCAGAGGUUGUGCAGUCUGAUGUGACUACAACGCAAUGUAUCAAUAAUCCAAUUAGUUUUCAAUUGCAAAUGCUCGUCUCAAGGUUGAAUUUGAACUGGACUAAGUAGUCCGAGUUUACCGAAUGUUGUGGCAAACAAAAAUGUGAAUUGUCUUUACUCACUCAUGCUCAA